CUAUAUAGAUAUAUUACAGAUUGUAGCGAAUGAUGGAUUGAUGCCCAGUAGAUUAAAAACAUUGAGAAGCUAUAAUGGAGAGUGAAGGUCCAGAGAGCAGUACUUCUAACACACCUGUAGAACAAGACUCUGCUGUAGUAGAUGAUGUAGAUGCAGUAGAUGAGGGAUUUACUGACACAGUUACUGAGACACAACAAGACAGUGUCGUCAUGGUCACUGAGAGGGAAUGUGUUGUAAUCUCCGACGAUGAUGGAGAAGCCACUGAAACAGAAAGUACAGCUCGAUAUCAAACUUCAAAACGAGCUAGGAGAUCGGAGGGCGUUGUCAUGAUAAGAGAAGAUAACGUUGUCAUGGUAACCGACGAGGAUCAACCCGGUCCUAGUAACAGAGUUGAUAACGUUGUCAUGGUAACGCGUCCAACAAACCCCAUACCUGUCCCUGAUGAUGAUGAACCGAUUAUUACUAACGUUAUUGACAGAGAAGACAGAGGACAGUCAGUGACCUGGCAGUUUGUGCAGCGCUCGAGUCCCACUGAAGGAGUUGGAGUGAGACGGAAUGCACACUCAGUGUCGCGGUAUAGAGCUCGCAGACCCACUGCGCGCCGCCCUAUACGCUCCAGACAGUAUGGGCAAUUCAUGAAUGUAAUGCGCGACCUGACCAGUGAAGGAGUUAUUGUUAGCCCCCUGACCAGAGUCACAAACCAUUCGAACCCCAGGCGCCUGCGAUCAUACAGUCGACAUUUGGAUGUUACUUUUCAAGCUUCUCAAGAUCCAAUCAACGCAAGGAACAUUUCAAGUGCGGGCGACUCUAUUGGUGCUCCUCCUAUCAACAUACCGACUAGACGGGGGGUUGUUGCCCACGAGGAGUUACUGCACAUGACUAGUUUACGGGACCGGAUAACAACGCUCCGACGAGAUCUCCAAAACUUAAACGGACUUCUCACGGACUCUUUUGAGUUAUUACACAGAAUAGCACCCACUCCUAACCCGCCUCUGGUGGAUAAGAACGUGUUAGACCGCGCUCCUACUAAAGUUGCUAGUGAAGCAGAUAUGAGCCGGGAAAAGAAAUGCUCCAUUUGUCUUGGUCACUACAGUAUAGGAGAGACACUACGUGUGCUGCCCUGUGAACAUGAGUUUCAUGAGUACUGUAUAGAUCGCUGGCUCACCACCUGUUCCAGAAAGUGCCCGUUUUGCAGAACUGACAUUCAGGAGGCUCUCACCUGAAAAUCAGUUGUGUUUUUUAAAUUCCUCGUUAAUAUUCUUCAGAUUGCUCUAACUUGAAAUCAUGUUUCAAAGAGUUGUUAGAUUAAUGGUAUAGACUGUCCUGGUUGAUUGAGGUUUCAUUUGAAGAAAGGUGUUACAAUGUGUAACAGUGUGUUACUGCGGCACUGUUACAGUUUAACUCGAUAAAGUUGGUUCUGUGUUAAAUAAGCGCUUUGUUCAGUGGAGAAACUUAACAUUCUGUUCCCACAACAGAAGUGAAUAAAAUUAGCUGGCGGUUAUCUAGAUUGGUACGAUUUACAUUUUGGACACGAGCCUUGAAACACCCUGUUGAUUUGUAGGAUUUAACAUUCAUUCCGAAUAACAGGUUUAAUAGCUUGUCUGUUUCAAUUUUAAUUAGGUCCUAGCAUCCUUCUGUGACAUAACACCGUGAUAUCAGUACUAGGGUGUGCACUUCCUGCCCCGGUAUCUACAAUCUACAAUUUACCAUAUUCCUAUGAUAGGUUUAAAUGUUAAAGUUCUUUUUAUGUGUGUUAAGUGUCCGUCAACAUAUUACAAGGUUGAGGUUUUAUCUUGAGUGCAGCAUGCAGCAAAUAAAAUAUGGUGUUCUUAGAAUGAAAUGUUCCACAAUUGAAAAUUUCUUCCACAAUUAAAUAAAAUUGAUUUGAAUUUGCUAAAUUGUAAGUUAAUUUCAAUUUUCGAUACGAUACGGUUGGUAUUUAAUAUAAAUAAUUUGUGAAGUUU